AUGGCGGGCCCCCUCGUCGCGCCGCCCUCCCGGCACACACUCACACCCGCGGCCGCGCGGGUCGCCUCCGGAGCCCGGCCGGGCGCCGGGCCUAGGGACACGGAGGCAGCUGCUCCCGGGUCCUGGCCGCGGGGUGCGCAGGACGGCCUGCCAGCGCCGGCUCUCCGAGCGCGGCGUUCGUGGGGGCGCAGCGGGCCCCGCCGAGGAGCCGCCCGCCCCGGCCGAUCGGCCUCCGGCUCCGUGCACGAGGCCCCACUGACAAAAUUAUUCCCCUUUGUUUUAAAACCAAAGGACAGGCCAACUUUGAGUCCGGUUCUCCUCGGCCGCGCCUUUGUCGUGGAGGCACAGCCCCGCGCCUUGGUCAACUCUGUUCUUUUCAAGGCUGAACCCGACUCUUUCUGGAACCCUGGUGUUGCUGGCCGCCUGAAUACAUUCUCCCCUUACCCUUCCCGGGAAGAAAAUGGGCAUCCUUUCGUAGGCGAAGACAUACGAGCCACCACCACCCGUCUCCCCCAAACCGCCUUCCCGGUGGGGACCUCAGUUCCCUCGCUGUGCCAGCUUCUUGGUGAAAGGGACCUCGAGCGUUCGCCGGCCUCUGCCACCGGCUCGGGAAGCCCUGGCCGGAUCUGGGGCUUAAAAGCGCCAGUUUUCCAGGUCCCGGGUCUGGCAACCAGGGAGCUCCCGGGCCCGGGCACCGCGAAAACCCGGAGAGGCUGCGCCCGGGACAUCCAUUCUCGCCAUCCCUCUGGUGCUGCGACUGGCUCAGCCACGAUUCGGCGCCGAGCCGAGGUUCAGCCAGCCCAGCCAAGAGGGGUCCCGACCCUCCAGGAAGACCAAGGACGCGGCGCCCAAGCCCGAACGCGGCAGGGACAAGAGCUCUGGGUGGGCAGAGCCAGGGCUGAAGCAGCAGGCUCGGCUCGGAGGAUCCCGGCGCGUCUCGGCUCCGCCUCCGGCCCUGGCCGCUUUCCCCGGCCGGGUCGGGUCUUCCAUUCCACUGUUUGUCUCGGAGAGGUCGGAGACGUGCUCGGUGCACAGGGGGCCGGAUACGGCCAUAAAUCUUCAUGCGAGACCUCCUUCCCGUCGCUCACACGCCGGUGCUCCUGGCCGCCCUGGCGUCCCGGGCUGCAUUGGGUGCCCUGCUUUCCCCGCCAUGGCCUGGGGUUCCCUGGAGCGGCGCGGGGAGUCAAGGCCGGAGCGUCCCCAUUCGCCAAAGAGAGGGAACAGCCUCGCCCCGUUCUGUGCCACCGCCUUCCAUCCCCGCGGUUGCUGGACCCUGAGGCUGCCCGGGCCUCACUGGAUCUCCGCCUGGGGGAGGCGGGGAACAAGCCUUCUGGCGGGUACCUCGCAUCAGCCGAGCAGAGCAGGCCGCGCGCCAGGUCGGGGACAAUCACCUCCAAACGGUCUUUGCUCUUUGCUCGGGACUUCGGUGGGGACAGCCGAGAAAGGGGGAGGCCUUCACCCCCUCGUAGGCACCUCCCCCUCACCGUGCCAGUGACACAACUGCAACGGCCCGGGGCAGAUGCCGGAGGUGGAAGGUUUGGAAACCUCGGCCCGAAACGAUCUUACUGUGGGAGCUUCGCUCCUUCCUAGAAUUUCUAGAAGCACAUUCGGAAGGAUCGCGAGGACUUCGGCAGGGCCCAGAGGAAUGCGAGCGCUCGCCCCGCCGCCCGGGAGCGGAUGAGGCUGCCCAGCCGCAUUCCGGCCGUGCCUCCCCGCCUCGGCCCCGGCCCCCGCUGCGGCGCCCCAGGAAGCGUCUCCGAAAACAAAGCUCUGCGGUUUCAGCCCAAGGUUAAAGUCCACCACGAGCGUGUUUUUUCCCCCCCUCCGGAAUCUGAGAGCGAUAGCGUUUCUCCAAAUAAACCGCCAAUAAAUCAGC